GAAUAUACUCAUGGACAACGUCGUGCGAGAGCGGAAAUGCUUGAGGAGAGCAUCUCACAAAUCGAACAACGCAUCUCUGAACUGCAACAACCGACUCGUCAGAGACAGCCAGAUAAAAGUGGUCGUGUUUUACUUCAAACGCCAUAUGCAACUGGAAACCCUUCUAAUUUGAAUUGGACCGCUGCUGCCGAACCGCCUAUGGACAUGGUCGAGAAUUUGAUCAGCACAUUUCUGUUGUCAGCCUCUGAGUUCGGAUUCUUCCUCAACAGUUCACGCUUCCGUCAAUGUGCACUUGUUCGUCAGCCAAUUGGGAGCCCACAACGUCCAUUACCUGCUUUACUCACGACGGCAUAUCUUUGGGGCCUCCGUCUGUCUAACCAGCCAAUGCUUCAGGCCCAAGAACCUGUCUUCUUGGCCAGAGCGUUGCAACAGACUGCGAAUGGACUUUCUUCGCCGCAUCCUGAUCGUGUUCUACAUACCCUUCAAGCGGAAUUGCUGCUCACCUACUACUUUUUCGCUUCGGGCCGAUUCCUCGAGGGCAAAUAUCACGCCUCGGCUUGUGUAUCGCUUGCUCUCAGCACUGGACUGCACACUAUUCGCUCGACAUCAAUGUCACCAUCAAACAUGCUCGCUCCUUCUCGCGAUGCUGUUGAAGAAGGAGAGCGCAUCCAUGCGUGGUGGACGGUGGUUAUCCUGGACAAUACCUGGGCUGUGGCCCUCGAAGAAGGUCCUCAUUUAGACCUUAACGCAAAUGUCGACACACCCUGGCCGCUCGAGAUCGAGCAAUAUGAAGGCGGACAUUUUGACUCUUCGAAGCGAUAUAGUAACACUGUCACCAAAUUCAUCAACGCGACUCCAACUUCGGACACCGGUAACUCGACUCAUGCGCUGCUGGCCAAGGCGUCUCUUCUCUGGCAACGCGCUUAUGCACUUCAACGCUCCUCCGCACCACAACCCGCUGUCGAUUUUUUGGACGCUAUGCUCGCCAAUUUUACCGCAUCGCUGCCUCUUCCCACGAGUUUCUCCCAUAUCACGGCCACGAUGGGCCGAGCGCUUGUCGUAGCCCACAGUAUCGCUCACGCCGCGAUUAUCGAACUCCAUCGCCAUCGCGAAAGACCAGAAUCACGCCGGAAGAGUGUGACAGCUGCACAAAUGCUGCUCAAUAUCCUCACUGCUACCACGACUGUUCUCCCCGGUGGAUCGAUCAACCCAGUUAUGGGGACCGUCUGGCGCCUUGCUUGUCGUGUGUUGAUGGACGAACUGUCGGAAAUGUCGGCCACUCGGUACCAUGGACAACAUCUAGAGCUACAAACUCUCCUCGCACGCGUUGUGGAAGCAAUCGAACGUUUCCGGGCGACGUCUGCCAGUCCUUUCCUCGACUAUCAAAUCGGUCGAAUUCAGGAAGCCUGGCAAGAACUCCUAAUGCCAUGA